AUGGUUCAAGGGUCGACAUGGUGCUUCACAUUAAUUCGUUAUAUUUGUGUUCGUUUUGAGUGCCCAACAGGAAUACAACACCCAGAGAGUUUUGUUUGGGAGAACGAGAGUAAUUUCUCUUUUUCUUCAAGGGAAAGUGCUCAAACAUAUUGUAAUACGCAAUCCAAUGCACAAAGUAGCCGUCAUACGACUCGUGGGUCCAACUACGCAAGUACGUCACAUGCGCCAACGAACAAUGACACACCGUCACCCCCUGAAAUUGCAUGCCCAUUUUGUGUUUGUGGUGUUUUUAUGAAACAAAUGAACAUUUCUGCUAUAUACGAGAAGGCUUUUCAAACAAACGGCUUCCACCAGCUGAGGAAUCUUUUUGUUCCAUUGUUCUACAUUACAUCCAGUCAAAAGGGUUGA